CGUGUAACUUAUCACAUUGCUGAAAAGUUUGGUAGUUAAAAGGAAUGUGAAUUCCUAUAGAUGAAUUUGAUAAGACUUUGAUUUAUAUUGAGUUGUCAGCUGCUGUCAGGUUAAGUCAAAGGUGCAGAUUUGAUUUUCAAAAGGCGAAGCAACAUAUUGUUUUAGUUCAACUAAAACAAGCUAUGCAGACCCAUAUAAUGAUAUGAAUACUAUAAACGACAGAUGUCAGCCGUAAAUGAUUUUAUGGUAACCUGUUAGGUAGAAAGGUGCCAAGUGGCAAAAGGACACAUGAAAUUGAGAAGCUAUAAAAGCCAGGAUGACGCUUGAGACCUGACGCCGAUUUGAACACGUGUGUCCACUUUGGAAAAUGCCAAAAUUAAAAAGCAAUCAAGGAAUUUCCCAGUCGCAGUCACAGCCUAAUUACCAGACUUGCACUUACCAUGAAAAUGCGCAAGGGAUUUCUUUCAAGGGGGUGGUAGACCUUGCCUACCUGUACAGGUAGACAGUCCAGGCAUCUUCGAGGGUCACAGGGAUCAGGUAAUUGAGACGACCCGUGUGCUAUAUAAACCUUGUUGAGGCUGAGGACUAGCAACAGUUGCCCAGCAACCAGCAAAGCAAACACAUCGAAGCAUCUCUACAAGAUUUGUACAACAUCCUGAUAUACAAUGGCCAGUUACACUUGCACACAGUUUGUCGACUUUGCCGCACCCAUCAGCUAUGUCAAUGGCAUGACCAGCACCACAUAUACCCUGGACGCGUCUCGCUUUGAGAAGCGCGACUUGUGCUUGUUCAUGGAGAGCCUGGAGACAAUUGCUCGCAUCGAGAGGGAGCGACACGAACGUCAACAGCUUCGGCGGCAACAGAAGUUGCAAAAGGCGCGCAUUGCGGAACUGGAGAGUGAACGGUGUCCCAGUCCCACGCCCAGUGUCGAGGAGGCUGUCGAUGAGCCGAACAUCUACUUGGAAUCCAAGUGCAUUCCCUAUGCCGUCAGCGAUUCUCUGCCUGUGGCUCGCAAGAGUCCAUCGGACUACGACUUCUGUGGCGAUGAAGCCUAUGGCAGUGCUGACCAUUCCCCGAGGAGCAGUGUCACCUACUGCAGCUGUGCCGGCGUCUCCAACUCUGGUCUGGACUCGGAUUCAGCUGAAUCGGGUGUCUAUGCCGGAUCCCCGCCACCAUUGCGUCCACGUUCCCAGGUCAUUACCAAGCCCAAGCAUCGCUCCACACGCUCCCGUAUCAUCAGUAUGGUACUAAAGCGGGAUUAUGCCAAGGCACCCUCGGCAGAGACAUUGGGGCACUCGGAGCGCUGUGAUCAUCUGCUCAACAGCACCAUUAAACAUCAGUACGAUCAUCUGACUACCAAAUCUCGACGUGGCAUUGCCUGCAGCCAGGGUUCAGCCGAGGAACGCUUCCUCGACAAAGCCCUGCGCUACUUAACCUUGUGAUUUCCUCAACUCGAAGUGACUUCGGCUUUAAUUUACAGUUCCUAAGAUAUGCUCAUACAUCAUACAUUAUAUAUAGACUAGAUUUGUUUGUAAAACAUUCGAAUAUUAAACAUU